GAAGCGUCUGGGAGCAGGGGGAUGGACUGACCCACUGCCGCUUGCUGCUGCCGCUGCCGGUUCCUGAAAGCCGGGGCCUUAGGGUUUCUGUUCCUGGGGACGCAGGGGCAGCAGUACCAGGCUGGCACUAUCAUUUUCAGCAUGGCUUCUAGGCAGGUGAGCCGGGUUCGAGCCCCCUCAUCUACUGCAGAGGAGCAAGUGGCCCGACAGACUGAAGAUGUUUUCCGAAGCUAUGUCUACUACCGCCACCAACAAGAGCAGGAAGCUGAGGGAGAAGCCGCUCCUGCUGACCCAGAGAUGGACACCCUGCCCCAAGAGCUCAGCAGCACCACUCAACAGGUUGGCCGACAGCUAGCCAUCAUUGGGGAUGACAUCAGCCGUAGGUAUGACUCAGAAUUCAAGGACAUGCUACAGCGUUUACAGCCCACCUCAGAAACUGCCUAUGAGUACUUCACCAUGAUUGCCUCCAGCCUGUUUGAGAGUGGCAUCAACUGGGGCCGGGUGGUGGCACUGCUGGGCUUUGGCUACCGGUUGGCACUUCAUGUUUACCAGCGGGGCCUGACUGGCUUCCUGGGACGCGUGGCUCGCUUCGUAGCUGACUUCAUGGUCCAACACUGCAUCGCCCGAUGGAUUGCCCAGAAUGGGGGCUGGGUGGCAGCCCUGGACCUCUCUAACAACUCCAUUUUGUACGUGAUGACGGUCUUGGCCGUGGUGCUCUUGGCUCGAUUCGUUAUCCGAAGAUUCUUCCAGCCCUGACUCCAGGAGGGGGAGGCCUUUCAUGAAGACACAAGGCCUAAGUCUCUCCCGUCAUUCCUCUCCUCCUGAGUCCAUCAUGCCCUUCCUCCUCCUGGAUCAAAAGGGUAGCCCUGUGCUACUAUGACAGAUCAGCUGGAUGGUGGUCACUCCAGGCCUCCAGGCAUCUUUCCUACCUGGGAGCCGGGGGUACAGGGUACCCUCCCCAAGCCCUUCAUGCUGCUUAUAGGCCCUUCUCUUUAGGAUCCAUCUCACCAGGUCAGAGAGGAGGCCACAGCUGUGUGAUUGCAGCUCCACCCUCUCCCCAAAACAUACACACACACACACACACACUCACACA